AACCCCAAAAUAAGGUUCAAAGAAAAGGGAAAAACAAAAACAAACGGCGAACGAUAAGAGUAAACACCAGAAUAGGCAUUUCUUUGUUAAUGGCCAAUCUGUUGUUUCACCGAUCUCCAUUCUUCAGUGCUCUCUAUUUUUGUUCAUUCUUUACUGAGACAAGUUAGAAGUUGUAAAGCUUGGUUAGAGAGAGUGAAAACUCGCACAUGAUGUCUUUUGACGGAGCUGAAAGGCCAUGGAAAUGUGGGAAAGGGGGUACUGUGAAUUUACAGAAAGUGACUUCCAUUGUUCGGGACAUUGGGGAACCUUGUCUUCACCAGUCAUCAAUAAAGAUGAGCAAAAUGCUUAAGCCUGACAGGUGGCAGACAAUCUUUGAGAAGGAUGGGAAGGUACAUGGUUUUAGAAAAGUGCUGAAAUUGAUCAUAUUAGGGGGUGUAGAUCCAGCUAUAAGACCAGAAGUUUGGGAAUUUCUCUUGGGCUGUUAUGCUUUGGGAAGCUCCGCUGAGUACCGAAAGCAGUUGAGGACUGCUAGAAGGGAACGCUACAGAGACCUCAUAAAGCAGUGCCAAGCAAUGCAUUCCAGUGUAGGAACUGGUUCCCUUGCUUAUGUUGUUGGGUCCAAGGUCAUGGACAUGAGAACAAGUUCCAAAGAUGAUUGCCAAAGAGAAGCUGAUGUCAAAAGUAGUCAAGCUUCUGAUGUAAAUACUGACAAUUUAUAUGGUUACAGUGAUUUUGAUAAUAAUUGUAUAGACACACCACAUACACAUCAAAAGGAAAGCUCUACUGAUUCCGGUGACCUUAUAAGUGCAAGGGGAAGCACAGAUGGGGCAGCAUUGUACUCUUUCUCUUCUGUGCCUACUUUGGGUCCAUACUACUGCCGAUCCACCGAACUUGGGGGUGAAGCAUGUCAAUCAGAAUCGGUAAAUGAGAACUAUUUUGAUUUUCCUGCCUUACCUGUGACUGAUUUAUUUGGAAAGAGUAUCAAAAAUAAAAAAGGUCAUAGGUCAUAUGGUAAGAGAAAUUUAGCAAGGCGUAAAUUGAAAUAUGGAGAAGACAAGAUGCACAGUUUCAGAAUAAAUAAUAAUGCAGAUCUAGUCGUAGAAGCAAAUGUUUCCUCAUAUGACGUGUCUCAUUCCCUGAACUCUGAAAUUGAGAGGGUUCAUCCUAAUGGGCCGGAUUCAGUGUCAUGGUCUGGAAAAUUCCAAGAACGUGAAACAGAGAUUCUUACCAAACUCAGAAUAUCUGAUGCACCCGACACACCAAAUAUGAAUGCGAGAACACCUCCAAGAGGUGGUUUCAAUGAUGAAAGAGUGUCGGAAUGGCUCUGGACAUUACAUCAGAUAGUUGUUGAUGUAGUCAGAACAGAUAGCCAUCUUGAAUUCUAUGAGGAUAGAAAAAAUUUGGCUAGAAUGUCAGAUAUCCUGGCUGUUUAUGCAUGGGUUGAUCCGGCAACGGGAUAUUGCCAAGGAAUGAGUGAUCUCUUGUCUCCUUUUGUUGUUCUGUUUGAGGAUAAUGCUGAUGCAUUCUGGUGCUUUGAGAUGCUUCUACGGAGAAUGCGUGAGAACUUUCAGAUGGAAGGGCCAACUGGUGUCAUGAAGCAAUUGGAAGCUCUAUGGCAUAUUGUGGAACUUACAGAUCGUGAAAUGUUUUCUCAUUUGUCAAGCAUAGGUGCUGAAAGCCUUCACUUCGCCUUCCGGAUGCUGUUGGUGCUCUUCCGCCGAGAAUUAUCUUUUAAUGAGGUUCUUUGUAUGUGGGAGAUGAUGUGGGCUGCAGAUUUUGAUGAAUCAGUUGCUUUUCGUCUAGAGGAGAACUGCCCUGAAAUAUUGGUCAUUCAGAUUCCAAAGGAAUCUGAGGCUGAAUCAGGAGAAGAAAUUGUUGAGAAUAACAAUAGUGAUUCAAAGGAUGACUCACCCUCUAAACAUGGAAGUGGAGAGCGUACUGUCUCUGCAAACAACGGGAUGAAGCUUUCCUUAGCUCAUCCAUUUUGUGGCCUUACAAAGAAUUUUUGGUCCAAAAGUAGUGGCAUGCACAGUGUUAAUAUAGUCUCAUCAACAAGAAGUACUGUUGAUGAAUUACCAGUUUUUUGUGUAGCAGCUAUUCUUGUCAUGAACCACCAGAAGAUCAUUAAACAAACUCACUCAAUUGAUGAUCUUAUAAAGAUAUUCAACGACAAUAUGUUAAAGAUUCGGGUCAAGAGGUGUGUACGGACUGCCAUCAAACUGCGGAGGAAGUACUUCUACAAGCUGAUUAAAGGUAGAAAUCCAGCAGCCCAAAAUGGUGACUGAGUGUUUGGACUCUUCCAUUUGUUUAGAUGGCAAGUCAGAUCUCUCAUGUGGAGUUGUUAACUGUAAUAUGAUUUUAGCGUUGGAGUGCGGAACAAUUAUCAGAUAUAGUUUUCUUUGGAGUUUAUACAGCAAUGUGGUUGGCAUUGAGUAUAUGUCCAUGCACUACCUUCACGCAAGGACUGUUUAGUUGCAUGUUUCAUUUACCUUGGUUGGUGAAUACAAUCAAGUGGUUAGGGAACACGAAAUUUUGCUGUCAUAAAGUUAGUGGCGAGGAUUAUGUAUCAGCAAUUUCGAUAAACUUGUCAGCAUUGAGAUGUCAGGGGAAAGUUUAAAGAGUUGAUGAGAAUUAGGAAUCCCCUUCAGACAAUAUUUCUGGAGGAAAAAAAAGAUUCUUUCAUAUCUUUGUUACCCAAUUUGUCUUCAAUCAUCACAAGUUAGAAACAGUAAGAAAGUAUAUAUUUAUCCGGGCCAAAUGUGUUGUACGAUACUUUAUAUGGGAACGUCCAUGCUCGUUAAUAUGCAAUCUCAGUGUAGGUUAUAGACCUCCCAUCUCGUUCAACGCAAUGGGACUGAAUGCUCUUCAGAGUAGGUUGCAUAUAACAUAUUGCUGUCAUCUCUCUUUCACACACACAUAGUAGUUGCUGAUCAACUACAAAAACAGAUUCAUAAAAGAACCUUCUAUUGUAACUUUGUUGGUGAUUAGUAUAUUCUUGUCCUUUUUCUGGUGUGAAUUUUGUUUUAGGUGAACA